UACUCAUUCUCCAAAGAGAUUGAUUGGGACUUCUUUUAUCAUUGAAAAAACCGAGAGAAUGAGUUUAAUAACGUGCCAGGGCUGAGGGUGUCGCUCAGUGGUAAAGCACAAAGCCCUGUGUUCAAUCCCAGGACCAAAAAGAAAGAAAGAAAAGUGCCAAGGCCACCUGACUGAAGGUUCCAAAGAGUUCUGGUGCUAGAGGAAACAAAUUUAAGCUCUCUGGACAGUUUGCUGGUGCAGCUGCUUAUCCCACUCCCUUAGCAUGUUGGCUUUGUCUUACACUUCUCCAGUUAUGAGCUGACUCUGUUUUUCCCUCACACUUGGCGUGUUAGUGAGCUGAUGACAAUAAAUAAGAUUUAUUUGGCACCUGUUCUAUGUUUCCUAGGAUCAACAGCAGGCCCGGCAGUCUCAGCUUGCUCAGGACGAGCGCGUUUCACGCUCUUACCUCGCCCUGGCAACAGAAACUGUGGACAUGUUCCAUAUCCUCACGAAGCAGGUCCAGAAGCCAUUCCUCAGACCAGAACUUGGACCCCGACUGGCAGCAAUGCUGAACUUUAAUCUUCAGCAGCUCUGUGGCCCCAAGUGUCGUGACCUGAAAGUUGAAAAUCCAGAGAAAUACGGCUUUGAACCAAAGAAGCUGUUGGAUCAACUGACAGAUAUUUAUUUGCAGCUGGACUGUGCUCGGUUCGCUAAAGCCAUUGCUGAUGACCAGAGAUCCUACAGCAAGGAACUGUUUGAAGAAGUGAUUUCAAAGAUGCGGAAGGCAGGCAUCAAAUCCACAAUAGCGAUAGAGAAGUUUAAACUUCUCGCUGAGAAAGUGGAGGAGAUAGUGGCCAAGAACGCCCGUGCAGAAAUUGACUAUAGUGACGCUCCUGAUGAGUUCAGAGAUCCCCUGAUGGACACCCUCAUGACUGACCCUGUGCGGCUACCCUCUGGCACCAUCAUGGACCGCUCCAUCAUCUUGCGGCAUCUCCUGAACUCCCCCACAGACCCCUUCAACCGCCAGACGCUGACUGAGAGCAUGCUGGAACCAGUGCCAGAACUGAAAGAACAGAUUCAAGCAUGGAUGCGAGAGAAGCAGAACAGCGAUCAUUAAGCUGGCCCCCUUCUCCCUCCUCCGCUGGAAGCAGCCAAGGCCAGCGAGGCAGGCAGAAGCAGCAUCCACAGUGAAACUGCUGCUCAAAUGUUGGUGACCAGAUAUGGCCAGACACCGAGAGCCCACCAAGAGUGACCAAACAGUAGAGAUCUGCAGGGACACGAACGAGAAGAGGAGCCCGAUUCCUGUACAUAUAUUUAAGUGACAAACAGUCAAAAGCUUGAGGGACAAGUUUUAUGAUUGCUUGUGUAAUAAAGCAUGUCCUUCACAUGUCACAAUUUGGGGCUUUUGCAAUGAAAGUCUUUUAGUGAUGGCGAGUGGGUCUGGGCAGCAUCCCCUUCAUCUUUUUUUUGUUUGUUUGUUUUGUUUUCUUUGUUUUUUAAUCCAAUAUCCGUUGAUUUGAUUGUGAUUAGAAAACUUGGACAUUUUGCUGCUAAAGAGUCUUUCCCUCUCCUCCCCCUUCCUGACCCGACUUGCACUGCUGUGGAUUUUUUUUAAGAAGCAAAAACAAAAAUUCCUUUCCCCUGCCCUCCAAACAUAUAUUCUGUGAGAGAACUGUGCCUGCAACAAAGUGUUAAUCCUGGGAUCGUAUUUUUAUAUCAUAUUCACAUAUUUGUUUUUUUUAAUUGGUGUUAGAUGACAUGAUUAAUAAAAAAAGGUAAGAUAUUUUCAGAAUUUGAAUUUCAGGGUUUUUUUUUUUCUUUUAAAAUACCCCUUUUAAAUUUUUUAUUUGUAAACAAAAUGAAGAAAAUCCUGUUUCUCUGGUCCUUCUUACAAGCCCUUCAUUAGGAAUCUAAGGAACACGUGCAACUGUGGCUUAGGUAUAUCAGGACUUUCGUGACUUUAUGGGUUGGUUUUGGGGGGGGGGGCUGAAGGGUUUUUUUAAUGCUAUGUGACAGUUCCAAACCUUCACCAUCAUCCUAUGAACGUAAAUAAACUCCUCAAUCCAAGGUACAUUUGUAUAACAUGUCCUUGGGGUUUGGCCUUACCAAAGCAAAAAAGAGUGCAAGGAAUGUGGAAGUCUGUCUGCUUGUUGAACUCACAGACAAACAGCCACUGUGCACACAAGCAUGAGGCAUUUUGUAUUACUGCUCCGAGUAACAUACUUGAAUUCUUGAAUUUCCUUUGGGGUAAAAAGGAUUUGAAACCAUAAAGUGUUUUGAAGAAAUUAAGUCUAUAAAAACAUACUUUUUUCUUUUCCUUUUUUCCCCCUCCACCGACAAUGUCUUCUCUGUUCAAUUCCUGAUGCAAACUAAAAUAA